UCCGCCCCACUCAACGAAAUCCUUAUGUGCAACAUUCCCCAUUUUGCAGCAGCGUGGGCUUCACUUUAUUUGGACGGGAUCUGCAGCUUUUAAAGGGGAAACCGGGAUGGAUUUGUACGUGGUUUCUGUUUUAUUUGCAAGUGUCCUCAUCGGGCCGCUCGCCAUCAGGACUUUCUGCCCGUAUCUGUGGAAGGAUGUGCAGUAUUUCGGAGUUCUGCUGCGGAUCUUGGUGAAGUUCGCCUCCAGGCGCAGGAGGAGACCUCUCUUCUCUGUCUUGGACCGUUUCUUGGAGCAGAGCGCGGCGCGCGGGGACAAACCCUUCAUUGUGUUCGGGGAGGACACUUUGUCUUACUCGGUCACGGACGCACGGAGCAACAAAGUGGCCAACGCUCUGCGGGCCCAUCCCGGGUUCAAGGCCGGAGACACCGUGGCUCUGUUCAUGGGGAACGAACCCGCCUUCCUGAUAACCUGGCUGGCGUUGGCUAAGCUCGGAUCCCCCGUGGCUCUGCUCAACCACAACAUCCGCACCAAGUCCCUGCUGCACUGCUUCAGCUGCUGCGGGGCCAAGGUGCUGAUAUCUGCCCCGGAGCUGAAGGAGGCAGUGGAGGAUGUGCUGCCCACGUUGAUGGAGCAGGGCGUCACCGUCCUCCUGAUGACCACACACUGUGACACGCCGGGAAUCGAGAGCUUCUCUGACAAAGUGGAAGAGGCGCCAGACGAGCCGCUCCCUCGAUCCCUCCGAUCUCACAUCACCUUCAAGAGUCCUGCCGUCUAUAUCUACACCUCUGGAACCACAGGUCUCCCGAAGGCGGCUGUGGUCAAUCAGAACCGUCUCCUGAUAGCUCUGGCGAUUCUGUCUUCAAACGGCGUAACGUCCAGUGAUGUCAUCUACGUCAACCUGCCUCUGUACCACACAGCGGGCUUUCUAAUCGGCUUCAUUGGCUCCAUUGAGACAGGUUCAACCAUCGUCCUGAAGAGGAAGUUCUCUACCUCUCAGUUUUGGGACGACUGCAGGAAACACGGUGUGACCGUCGUCCAGUACAUCGGAGAGGUGAUGCGUUACCUCUGCAGCACAGCAAAGAGAGACAACGACAAGGAGCAUAAAGUCCGACUGGCCAUCGGUAAUGGAAUCAGGGCCGACAUAUGGAGAGAGUUUCUCAGCCGCUUUGGCAACAUCAAGGUCCAAGAGUUUUAUGCCUCCACUGAGGGAAAUGUGGGAUUUGUCAACUAUGCAGGAAAGAUUGGAGCCAUCGGACGUGUCAACUACUUCCAUCGGAAGCUGUUUCCCUUCACCCUUAUCAAAUACGACACAGAGCAAGAUGAAAUCGUCCGAGAUGCUAAUGGCCUCUGUGUGGAGUCGCCCAGAGGUGAGACAGGACUGCUGGUGUCGAAGAUCACAGACAUCGCUCCUUUCGUCGGCUACGCUCAGAACAAAGACCAGACGGAGCGGAAGAAGCUUCGGGAUGUUGUGAAGAAGGGAGAUCUGUACUUCAACAGUGGAGACCUCAUGAGGAUCGAUGAGGAGAACUUCAUUUACUUUCAGGAUCGUGUUGGCGACACGUUCAGGUGGAAAGGUGAGAAUGUGGCCACGACCGAGGUGUCGGACAUCUUGACCAUCAGUGACUGUCUCACAGAAGCCAACGUUUAUGGAGUCCAAGUGCCAGGGCAUGAGGGGCGGGUAGGUAUGGCAGCUGCUACUGUGAUGGAAGGCGCCGAGUUUGAUGGAAGUAAAAUAUACAACCACGUGGUCAGCUACCUGCCCUCAUACGCCCGACCUCGCUUCAUAAGGAUUCAGAACGCCGUGGAGGUCACUGGCACCUUCAAGCAGCUGAAGGUGCAGUUAGUGGAGGAGAGUUUCGAUCCAGGACGUAUCCGGGACCCUCUUUAUAUCCUCGAUGAUAAAGAGAAGAGCUACGUUCCGCUGACAGAGCAGAUCUACAGCUCCAUCACAUCAGGACACAUCAAACUAUGAGCAGAUGUGGUCACUAACCGACUUUUCCGACUAUAGUGGCAUUGAGUUUUUUUUAAUGAACUUCCAACUCAGGGAACAAACCUCAAACUAUGUGUAUAUGUGAAAAAUAUGAAGAUAUAAAGACCAUGUUUAAAAACAGUACACAGUCGUUGAGGGUGGAUUUGUUAGGGGUCAGUCUGUAGGAGGAGGAGGGAGUUUGAUAUAAUAAUAAUAAAAAUAAUAACAUUAUUUGUAUAGCACUUAUCUAAACAAGGUUACAAAAUUACAAAUUCGUUUGUAAUAAAUGAUAUUCUGUCACAACAUAAGGGGCCUAGCUGUUGUUUUAAAAAGGUGUUUCCCUUGCUGCCCCAUUACCACAGAGACCUUUUCUAGUUUUGAGGCGGCACCGCUCCGGUCCUUGGUCUAGCUAUUUGGCCAUUAGUCCUUCUCUCACAGAAGAGUACUUGGUUUUGAGGAAAGAUGUGAGUGACAUGUGAUACUCGGGUGGAAAACCGUUUUCCUAUUUUUUAGAACAUCUCUCAGGGGCCAUAGAUUACUGAACAAUAAUCACCUACAAUAAUAACCUGCUUACGCACACUAACAUCUGGUGUUUGUCUGUAAUGGGAAUUGAUACAAUCAUAAUUCACUCCAAGAUCAAAUGACUCUGCAGUAAAAGUGGAUUUUUAUCAGCUCUUUUCUUUAUUUUGGCACCAUUUAUUUCAGCGGAUUUUUGUUUUGUAAUCAGAAAACCAAAAUCAGGAGGUGAGCUGUUUACAACUGUGCCAACUCUGAACAGGGUUAGAUUCAUCCUAGUUUAUUUUGUUUUUGCAACUCAUCCCUUUUUAUGCCUUUCUCUUUUAUGCUCUAUAGGAUUAACGGCUGUCAUGAUCCUUUUUAUUGUUUCUGAGUUAUUUCUAUGUCUGUUAUGAAUUUGCCAGAGGCCAGAUGCAGUGGUUUUAGGUUACAAAGACCAAACAUUUAUAUUCAUGUGCCACUACCUGUACAUAGGAAUUACUCUCAUGAACAUUAAAGUGAUUCCGGUUGU